UUCUCUGGGCUUUUCUGUCUUGAUUUUUGUUUUCCCCUCUUGUUUGAUUCUAACCUGAAAGGAUUGAUGGCAAAAGGGGGGAAGGGGGGAGAAAAUUCACCAUCUCAAUCCCCCUUUUGGUGCUGGUUGAUGUGCUCUGUAACAACGUGGCUGCUCGUGAUGCUUGUGGGAGGGCUGUGCUCAGAAUUUCGGGGGAUUGCUCCUCACCUGAAGAGCAGGUGCUGUGCCCACCCUGUGCACACACACACUGCACACCUCCUGUGCAACAUUUAUCGUGGUUUGUCCCCUUUAAGGGUGAGUUUCCAGCCCUCUGAGGGGUUUGUCCUGCCAGCAGAACCUCUCCUGUUGUUUCUCUUGCCUCCUUUCUUGCCAGGGACUAUCCUGGCUGUGUGCAAGGGGGGGAACUGCAGCAACAACCCCCAGUCAGAAAGAAAACAACCCUCUUUGGAAGGAGGGUGGGUGAAAUCCAUGAGGGACCCUCACACCAGGGGACAGUAACAGGCUCCUGCUCCAGGCAGAGGUUAAAAAGAGGGUGAUGUUUUUGGAGAGCUGGUGCGGAUGCAGCCCAGCCACGUGAGGGGGAAGAUAAUUGAAAAGUAAACUCUUCAGAGUCUUCCAAGCUUUAAUAGCCACCCACAAGUCUUGGCAGUGGGUUAGAGACUUACAUCAGCAGGCAAACCCGUGGGCACAGUGCCUGCUGUGAUGAGAACUCCCCCUGGCACUGAGGGGAGAGGAGAGGAGAGCAGAGACCCCCAAAGGCUUUGCUGCUCCGGGUGAGAGCUCCUGCUUGGCUCUGCCUUCAGCAGAGGCAUUUUUCUGCCCGAUCUGCGCCGCUCCCGCCCUGAGGAGGGGAUUUAUCCCCCGCACGGUGAGCGGGGUGCGGCGCUUCCAAGGAGGGGCUUUUCCACCGGCUCUGGCAGAGCAAAGAGCCCGCUGGCUUCACAAGGACAAAUCCUGCCUGGUCUUGACCAGUUGCUUACAAAAUACGAAUGCUUAAGGAUGUCAGGAUAAUUUAAGGAAUAUUUAAGGACAACCUUUCCAGCUAUUAACAAAAAACCAAAAGGGCUAAAAAAAAAAUGCCUCCUGGCUCGUGGAAAGCAGGAUCUCGAGGGAGGCAGCAGUGGGAGUGUGAGUGAGGGUUUCACAGUCUGCUCCCCAGCCGGCUGCCGGGGGAGCUGAGCUGGUGCUUCUCAGCAGGGAGAGAGAUAAAUGCUGAAUUUCUCACACCACAACAGAGAAUCCCUCAGGGAAAGGCACCUCCAGCAUGGCCCAGAAAAGCCAAACUGGCGGGACUGGGAAAAAUGGGUCCUCCCUCCUCUACUGUAAGAGUGAUUUAAAGGAAGAAUCCCUGCAGUGGGUGACAGAACCCCUCAAAGACCAGGUGCUCCUGGUGCUCAGCAUGGACAACACCUGCUCCACCUCCUCCUUUGACAUGGAGCUUUGUGCAGAGAAGCUGAAGGCCCUGGGGGUCCAGGUGCCAUUGGAUCAGUGGAAAGACUUGAUCCAGGAUGGUGUCCUGAAGCCUGAAGUGAGGAGGUACAUGUUCUACAACUCGCGGGCGUUCCAGAUUGCCAUCGCCGUGGUUUUCUACAUGUCUCUCUGGACAAACCUUUACUCCACGGUCCAGCUGUGUUCCUUUGGACGCUCCUGGGUGUCCAGUGUGCUGGUGACCCUGGCUGCUGUGGCAGUCACUGUACUGGUCAUACUGGUCAUGGAUCGGCGCCAGAGGAAGAUAAACGUGAACACAGACGUGAGGCUGGCAGCUGUCAAUGAAAUCUUUAUCAAGCACAGUUUAAUUCUGGGGAUCACAGAUGUCCUGGAGGGGCCACACAACAUCCUACAACUGUGGUUUGUGCAGUUCAGCCCCGAGCGCUGCCUGCAGGCCCUGUCCUCCCACCUCACCCACCUGCAGAGCACUGCACAGGCAGGAUUGAGGCACAGGCUGGACAAGCUCUGUGUGGUCAUGGAGGCAGCAGCUCAGCCCGACCUGGGGACAGAGGAUGAGGAGGCUCCACGUGAAGAGUCCCCUCUUUUAUCCACUGGGGAGAACCUGAAUAAAAAGCCUGUGACAUGCAAUGAGCUGCUCUGCCUCGUCCCUGAGGGCCCACCAGAGGCCAUGGCCCAGCAGCUCCUGGUGAUCUUCAGCGGGUUCUACGUCCGGCUCCUGGUCACGGGGCAGCUCCCUGGGGCUGUGGCAGGGGGGCACCUGGAGCACAGCACCGUGCCCUGUCUGUGCCAGUUCAUCCAGACCACCGUGCUCGACUCACACCAGAGCUGGUUCAGGGGCAGGUGACCCCCAGAGGGGCCUGGAAAACACCAAAAUAAAAGCUGUCCCUCCACA